AUGUCAAGAGAUUAUCUUGAACAAAGUGUUUCGAAGGCUCGUCAAAUUAACCAACAUCCUAGACAGAGUUAUGACUCCAAUUUCAAAAUUUCAGUAGUGAACGCGGCCGAAUCCUCAAGUAACUCUCAAGCUGCCAGAAAAUAUGGGGUCACGGAGUGCAAUGUUCGUCGGUGGCGAGCCCAGAAAGAACGUCUUAAAAAUGCUAACAGUCAAAGAAAGUCUUUCCGCGGCCCUCAAUGCGGACGUUUCCAAGAAAUUGACAGGAGAGUCUGUGAAUAUGUGACAGAAAAAUGUAAAGAUGGAAUGCCCAUAAUCAGAGCCAUAAUACAGCUAAAGGCUUUGGAGAUAGCCAAGGAGCUGAAUAUACCCACAAAUUAAUUUAAAGCUAGUCUCGGGUGGUGUAAAAGAAUGAUGCGGCGCAAUGGACUGUCACUUCGUCGCAGAAUAAGCCUUGCCCAGCACCUGCCCACAGACUUCGAAGAGAAGCUGCUGUCUUUUCCGCGGUGCGUGAUCAAACUAAGGAAAAUGCACUUAUACCCCCUCGACCACAUAGGCAAUGCCGAUCAAACCCCAGUGUUUUUCGAUAUGCCAACAUCUGUUACUGUUGCUAAAAGAGGUGACAAAUCAGUCAUUGUGAGGACGAUGGGGAAUGAGAAAAACAGGAUCAGCAUGUUGGCAUGUCUUGCAGAUGGAACUAAACUCCCACCAUACGUGAUUCUGAAGCGCAAGACUGUCCCCAAGGAUGUCAUACCAGCUGGCAUUAUUGUGCGUACACAGGAGAGGGACUGGUUGGACACUGAACUGGUGUUAGACUGGCUCAAGGUUGUGUGGGGCAGGCACCCUGGCGCGCUUUUUAAAAAGAGGAACAUGCUCGUUCUGGAUGCAUUCUGGGGGCACCUGACGGAGCCAGUUAAAACUCAAGUGCAGAAAAUGAACGACGACCUAGUGAUCAUUCCGGGAAGAAUGACAAGCCAGCUGCAGGUGUUGGAUAUUGUCAUCAACAAGCCAUUCAAGGAUAAUCUGCACAAGAGGUACACAGAGUUGCUCCUGUCAGGUAACCACGCACUAACACCGGCCGGGAAAAUUCAGAAGCCAGCAGUGCGUCUGCUAUGUGAAUGGAUCCUCCAAGCAUGGGAUACCGUGUCACCAGAAAGCAUCACUCAUGGAUUUAAGAAAUGCUGUAUAUCAGAUGCACUGGAUGGGAGUGAGGAUGACAUUCUGUGGGAGGGUCCGGUGGAACAUAAAAGUGACGACAGUGAGACUGAGCAAAGCGAGGUAGAGGAUCUCUGUGAGGAGUAG